AUGAUUUGUGCGGCGACUCGUCUCGUUUCACUGUUUCGAUCCUCGAAAGCUCUUCUGACGAUUGGCAUCAUGAGAGCCAAUGACGGCGCGUCGAUCCGUUUAACCGUACCUGAACCGUCUGACUCGGCGUACCCAACGCUUCAAUCAGUCUCGCCACAAUACUCUUCACCUUCUCCGUACUAUCAAUAUAUUGAGCCAACGUUCCCAACAACACCACCAAUCCCUGUCGUCUGUUAUCAUCCGUUGCCGGCGUCUCAUCGGACAUUUGCUCCAAAAGUGGGAGGAGCCUAUUCAUACACGCGGCUCCGUGACGACGAAUCGUCUCGACAGCGGCGUUUCGGAGCUCAUUUCGACACUCGGCACAGCGAUCGGACAGUCCGUCGGGAGCAACGAUUCGAAUGA